UCAAUUAUCAUUCUUAUGGUAGGAAUGAAUUCCCGAAAAUGAUAGAUUGGUAGUGCUGAGUGGAAGUGAAUUGAAAUAUGCAGAGAUAUUGUGAUUUGUCAAACAUUUAAACGUAAUUUAGAGGUGUUGUGAUAUGAGAAUGAUGUAAGAAAAGAAGAUUUCAUCUACAAUGAUUUCGCAAAAUAUGCGAUAAUUAUGCGUUUUAAGUUUGUAAGAACGUUAUUAGUGCUUGCACUACUAGGUAAUAUUAUUGUAUGGCAUAGAAUAUGGAGGUUAUUCUCGGCUCAAAACACUUUGCGGUUGUUGACACCAAGUAUCGUCACGCCUGAUCCAUCGCAAAAGUUUCAUCGGCGAUUAUCUCGAUUAGUAACUGUUGUUAUACGGCAAUUUGAAACCUUUGAAAAUGAUGUGACUUCUACUGUAGAGUCUGUGUUAACUUUUUUCCCUACUAUACCAAUUUUAAUAGUAAGCAAUGAAUUACCAUAUCCCCCGCUGGAAUUGGACUUUGCAAACGAGAGCAUGCGAAACGUUAAACUAAUAAAUUUGCAACCGGAAUUCAAUAAAUCUUACGAUGAACGAAAUCCACUAUUUUAUAUACGUACGAAGUACGUUUUAUUUUUACCUGAUGGUAGUAGACUUUCUACCAAGCAAAUCAUGCAAGAAACUGUAUCUCAAGCUACAAAAUUAGGUGUAGUAAGUGUACCAGUAGGAAGUGUAACUUUAAAUUGUGUCAAUUUAGAUGUAAAAGUAAGAGAAUGGAGUCUCAAGUUUUCAUAUACAACAGGCAAUGAAUGUGACGGAAUAAAUGGAAAGCAUGCUACAAUGCUUGAGACAAAAUUAUUAAAGAAAUUAACCGAUCCAUUCUUGUUACCUUUUACGGAUGCAUUAUACAUUCAAACAACUGCGUUGGGUGCAAAGAUUCAUAUGUUGUCGAAUUGUCGUUUCAAUGAAGGAAAAUCAUUAUAUAAAACUCAGCAAUCCUUAUGGAAAGUUCAACAGUUAUAUCAAAGUCGCGAACGGUCUAUGUUUGAAAAAUUGGGAAUUAAAAAGGUUAUAAGAGCUUCCAAUUCUAUAGAGUGGUAUGGCUGUUCUAGAGAAAGUAAUAGGUGUUUUGGAUCAGUGGUGAAUGGUAUUCCAUCUUAUCUUUAUCAAAAUCGAUAUACUCCACCUUGCUGCCUCUCAGGAUUGAGAAAAGUCGCUCAUCAUGUUUUUGAUAAAUUAGAAGAAGUUGGUAUCAGAUUUUGGUUAGAAAGUGGCUCUUUACUUGGUGCUAUGAGAAAUGGUGAUAUCUUACCAUGGGAUCAUGAAGUACAAAUAGGAGUAAAUCGUGAUGAUCUUGAGAGAUCACCAUGGUUAAUUAAAGCCAUGAAUAAACCUAUUGCUGACAAUCAUGGUUUUGUCUGGGAAAAGGCAACAGAAGGAGAAUUUUUUAAAGUACAGUAUUCAAAGGUAAACCAUUUAACUGUAAACAUACUUCCAUUUUAUGCAAGGAAUGGCUCUAUGGUUAAAGAUGCAUGGUUUUUAAACAAUAAAGAUUUUCCAGAGCAAUUUCUUCAUCCAAUGUCAAGUAUUGAGUUUGCUGGCAGACAAGUGCCAUGCCCAAACAAUAUUAGGGAUUUUUUAGAAUUAAAAUAUUUUAGGGGUGUGAUAGAAAAUCCAGAACUCCCUGGUAAAAUUUCUUAUCAAGAGUUUGUUCAUGAAAAAUUAAUCUUCCAUAGUAAUUAAAUUACAUAUGAAAUUAGAAAAGUGAUUUUUCCAAAAUACAUAAUAAAUUGUACGAUUCAUAAUUAUCUUAUCUACAAAUAUAUUAAGGCUUACAAUCUUUUCCCAUAAUUUUAAUCAUCUGAAUUAGUAUACUUCAUAAAAGAAUUGAAUUAGAAAUACAUUAUAGCAUUUCCAAAUGAGAAAUAUUAUUUUCCAAUAUUUUAUAAGAUUGUGUAAUUAUAUGCUAAACUAAGAAUUGCUAAUUUGGCUAGAACUUUAGUGUGAGAACAGAAGGAAGUAUUCUAUAAAAUAUUCUUAAAAAUGUAGAUGUUAUAUAUUUUCUAACAUUUAUAAUAAAUAUAUAGAUACCAACUUAAAUUUUAAUUGUAUUUAGAUAAUUACUUAUUGAUAAAAAAUGUUUUAGUUCAUUGAAGUGAAUUGUCAGAUAUCACAAGUUCCUAAGAAAGUUACAAUCUUUCUUGUAAAACUUUAAUCAUUUGCAUAGUAUUAAAUCUCAGUAUUAAUUAAAUUCUCAGUAUUAAUUAUAGUAUUAAAUGUUUUAUUUUUAUUUUGUUUUAUAUAACAAAUUAAUGUGCCAAAGAUGCAGAAGUUGUUUAUUUUUAUAGAUAACAUAUUUUUUAUAUUUUUCUACAUUAUUUAAUAUAAUUUCUUCAAGUUAUUUUUGUUUAAUUUUAUAUAUUUUUAAAUUUAAUGCUCACUGUAACUUUUUUUCAUAUAUAAAUUUUUUU